AUGGUUCCUGAGGGUGAUAAGAAAGGGCCUUUCGAGGAUUGGAAUUUGCGUGGACCGGAUGAUGGAUUUGUUACGGUACGGGGGAGGAGAUGCCCGGGAGUCUUGUCUGGUCUGGUGUGGGGCUUGGGCUUGGGCUCGGGCAUGGAUCUUGGAUGUUGGAUGCUUAUUCUCGCUCUUCUAAGAUCUAGCAGCGGACGAAGACGAAGACGAAGACGAAGAGCCAACCACUCCACCACGACCACCACUGAACCCAUGCUUAAGCCAACCCCAGUCCAGCCCAGCCGCCCAGCAAGACAGCCAGCAAGACAACCAGCAACCCAGCAAGUUCCAAGGUUUCUCAACGAUCCCGUUUGUCUCCCGCCCCCAUCAUCACCAACCUCCGUUGCGCCCGGACACCGUCUUAUAUUCCCCUCCGCUGGUUACGGCCUGCGAAACCCUUCCCACCUUAUCAGCGUCAGCGCAUCACCAGCAGUAGCAGUAGCAGCAGCAGUAGCAGGAGCAGGAGCAGGAGCACCACUCCCCUAUACCUACCAUACCUGCUGCUACGACUUCACUGCCCGGAGCUCAGAUGAGUUGAGCCUAUCGAAAGGCGACCGUGUUGAGCUGAUCGAGCGCGACGACGACUUCGGCGAUGGCUGGUACCUGGGUCGGCACCUCAUAAAUGGGAAUAGUGGAUUGUUUCCUGAAGUCUACACCAGAAUUGCUCCUCGAGGACCUCCCUCAUACCCGCCGACAUCCACCAGCGCAACACCUCGAUCGCAUGCGAUGUCACUCGAAACGCCGAAACAAGACACCAUUCCACCGCCAGUACCUUCCAUAUCCGAAGCUACAUCACCGACAGCGGCGCAACCUGUGAUGGCUUUGCCUACGGCCGGCGCAGAGAUCUCAUCUCCAGGCCGUAAUGCUAGCUUAGGCGAAGUGCUCGACACAAAAAACACACAGCCGGAGAAAGUGAAGACCACGCCGCCACCAAUUUCCACGAAAAUAGCAGCCCCUUCAAAGACUCUGCUGACAGUCGUGCAAUCACACGGUGGACAAGAUAGCCCGGUUAUGAACGAGACCUUGAGCGUUAUCGAUGAGCAUAUCAUUGACAUGAACUCACCCCACCACAGCGUCGCAGCAGCUCAAGAUCGAAGAGGCACAAAUGACUCUGGCAGUGAGUAUAGCAGUCACAUUGAACAGCGCAUGUCAUAUAUCAACGGCGAAGAAACAGACGAAGAAGAAGAUCAACUCCACACGCGACAAGAGGUUGAUGCAUGGACCCCUGACCAGGUUGCUGAAUAUCUGUUCACCUCGGGCGUGGAAGCGAAGCAUUGUGAAGUCUUCCGCGAUCAGGAAAUCACUGGAGACGUGCUGUUAGGCAUGGAUCAAACUUCCGUCUUCUUGAAGGAGUUCGAUCUGGGAAAUGUGGGACGUAGAUUGAAAACAUGGCAGAAGAUCAAGCUACUCCAGGAAGAAGUGAAAGGUGAAGGCUCCACGAGGCGAAACACCGCAACCUAUAGCACCACAUACCGUGGCAGUGAGGCUGGAUCAGAUGACGCUUGUACGCAUGGGGGUAACGGUAUUUCUCCAUCAACUAUGCUUCCUAGGAUACCGAGUCUGAAUGAAAGAUCUGAACCACGUCACAGCUCGCGCUUGUCGCAACGCUUUAUACGCAACGAUUCGAAUCAAUCGAUCUCUCCGAAGGCAUCUCCUGUCUCACCGAUGGCUAGCUCCAGACCCGUUGGAGACAGAAGGAAGCCAUCUGCUGCAUCCGUCCGCGAUAUGCACCAUAUCCGACAAAGCUCCGUCAACGAAUAUAUCACCCCUUCACUCAUGUAUUCCCUUGGAGGUGACGGGGCUUUAUCUCCCAAGGCUGAAGACGCUUCCCAUAAGAAAAAACCAUCUUUCGAUAGAAACUGGACUAUGGGAUCCGCGGCACCUUCGACCCUAGUUCGUCCGCUUUCAUCAUCAGGUGCCAGGAUCGAUGGAAGUUUAAUGGACCAUUUGUCUCAGACAUUCACUCCCGCAACAACUUUCGACUCUCCAGAUCGAGGAUACUUCUCUGGUGGUGAGGCUGAAGGCCGGUACAGAAACGUCUUGCGAAAGAGAGGCAGCACGGCUACCGCAACGCACUCUCGCAAAUCGAGCUGUACGGAUGAGCAAAGACGUCGCAGUUCUACCUUGAAUUCCAGACACUCCAGAUUCGGCAGUGUAGACUCGAUCCGAGAUUCCAAACCUCCAUCAGCUGGUCAGAAAUACUAUGGAAUAACGGCCAAUGACCGGCGUCGACCACCUUCCGAGAACUCCAUCAACCUUCCCCUACGACCAGUGCCACCCCCGAAAGAUAUUCACUCCCCUACUGUCACCAAACUAGAGGGUAACCCUUACGAGAACACCCUGGCGCCAAAAUCACCCGAAGCUCGACAAGGCAGAGGCUCAGAUUGGCUUCUCCCCAUCAAGCCUGUUAGCUCAAAAUCAUUCGGUCUCAGAGCUAUCUCGGAUGCUGUCACAGGUCACGAAAAGUCUCGCCUUAGGUCCCCCACUGAACCGAUGAACUCUCCGAUCAAGGAGUCACCCCUUAUGUCUCCCUCACGCACGGGCUCCAGCACGCCAUCUGGUGGCCUCAGCCUGGACCUUGACUCAACUGAUUCCAAGAGCACAAACGCCCUGUUAGCACACCCUAAGAACGCUAGGAAAAAGUCAAAGAAAGAGACCAGUGCGUACACUCGCGGCUUGGAAAAGAAGACUCCGGCGGAGCAGAUGAUAGGUGCCGAUUACAGUGGAUGGAUGAGGAAGAGGGGUAGCAAUAUCAUGGCCUCGUGGAAGCCGCGGUUGUUCGUCUUGAAGGGCCGUCGCCUCUCCUACUAUUAUUCGGAGGACGAUCAAGAAGAGAAGGGUCUGAUCGAUAUUUCCUUCCAUCGUGUUCUACCCGCGGACGGAGACCGCCUGACAGGAUUCUCAGCGGCGAUUACGGGAGCCACGACGAGUCCGACCAGCCCUGCUGGAACCCAGACUGUCACCAUGGCGGAGGUUGCGGCAGCUGCUGAGCCUGAAUCAACGUUGAGCAAGGGUAGUGGCGAUUCCAUCUUCAUUUUCAAGCUGGUCCCUCCUCGAGCUGGCGCUGCUAGGGCCGUUACGUUCACCAAACCUACAACACACUAUUUCGCUGUGCCCAAUGUCAAGCAAGGACGCCUUUGGAUGGCAGCGCUCAUGAAGGCGACCAUUGACCGAGACCACUCCGAGCCUAUCAAGACCACUUACCAGCAGACCACCAUCUCUCUGCAGAAGGCUCAAGCAAUGCGACAUCGGCCACCGGCUCUCAUGAACCUCGAGGAGCACAUUGAUACGGAGGCGGUGAAGGCUCCUGCGAGCGACAAGCAUGGUCUCCAUAUCCAGGGCAUUGUCUUUGAUCGCGAUCCUCAAGAAGGUGACAGUGGGGUCUCGGGAGUAUCAAAGAAUGGCUCUCUCAUGCCAACUAACAUCCGAGGCACGUUCCUUGACAUGAAUGGCGAUGAAGAAUCUGUGGACGGCGCGCCACAAACAGCAUAA